AUGGGCAAGCAGCUGGGUACCUUUAGGGCCGUCUACCUUGCGGCUCUUUGCUGCGUCGGCUCGUUUCUGUUUGCCUACGAUACCGGUGUGGUAGGAGGUGUUUUGACCUUUGACUCCUUCAAAAGAGACUUUGGGAUCAAUGCGUCCAACAGCUCAACAGUCUCUGGCCUUUCCGCAAGCCUGCUUCAAGCAGGAGCAUUCGUGGCCUGCUUCUUCAUCUGGCCUUUCACCGCCAAGUAUGGACGUCGAUGGUCGCUCGUGCUCGCUUCCGCGAUUUUCAACAUUGGCGCAAUUGUCCAAACCAUAAACACGCAUUCCCUCCCGGCAUUCUACGUCGCCAGAGUCAUCAGUGGUAUUGGCGUGGGGAUGGCAACUGUCAUUAUUCCCAUGUACAGUGCCGAGAUGGCGCCCAAAGAGAUUCGCGGCCAGCUGGGCAGCAUGUUCCAGUUUUUCUUCACCAUCGGUGUUGCUGUCAGCUAUUGGGUCGACUACGGCGUGUCCAUCAACAUUCCUUCUGUCACAAAGCAAUGGCAGAUCCCAAUCGGCUUGCAACUGUUGCCUGGUGGGAUUCUAGGCUUGGGGAUGCUGCUCACCAAGGAAAGCACCCGAUGGCUUGCAAAGAAAGGCCAGAAUGAAAAGGCGCUCGAAUCGCUCAUCUGGGUCCGUGGAGGAGACUCUCCCGAGGUCCAGGCCGAAUUUGCUGAGAUCCUUGCUGGCAUUCGCGCGGAGGAGAACAUCUCUGAAGGUCUUACGUGGAAGGAGGCCCUUUUGCCAGUGAACCGAAAACGAAUUGCACUCGUCAUCACACUACAGAUCGGUGUCCAACUGACUGGCAACACGUCUCUGGCCUAUUUUGCGCCCCAAGUUUUCAAGGCCGUCGGAGCUGGCGAUGUUCUCCUGAUCACCGGGUUCUUUGGGAUCGUUAAGAUCAUAUCCUGCGGGUUCUUUUUGCUUUUUCUGGUUGAGCGAAUCGGUCGCCGAGGCGCUUUGCUGGGCGGAGCUUCUCUCAUGGGCAUGUACAUGCUCAUCAUCGCCGUGCUUACGGCAACACACCCGCCGAGCGCGAAUAACCAGGGAUUCACACCAACCGGAGCUGCUUCUGUCGCCAUGAUCUACCUCGAGGCCAUGUCGUACAACUGCUCGUGGGGUCCAGUUUCAUGGCUCUAUAUGGGCGAGGUCUUCCCAACUCGCAUCCGAGAGAUCGGAGUGGCAGUUGGCACCGCCACGCAAUGGCUGUUCAAUUUCGCCUUUUCUCAGAUCACCCCGCACGCUGUCAACAACCUGGGCUGGAAGACGUUCCUCAUGUUUUGCAUCUUCAACUGGGCGCUCGUGGUGUACGCGUGGUUCGUCAUCAAGGAGACCAAGGGCAAGUCCCUCGAGGAAAUGGAAGCUCGUAAGUGUCUCGAAAUGCCCGCGGACAAUUUCUCGGUGGAUGCCUUUUGA